GUGCUACGCGACAGCCAACUCACGUCGUAAAGAAAAUGCUCGGUUCAUCUCUAUCUACUUUUGUCGUUUUCCACUACCGCACCCCACGACCUUCCUCAUCCACUAACCACCGCCGCCGCCGCCGGUGUGCCGCCCGUGCACCUCGCCUCCUCCCUCGCGUCGCCUCCGAACCGCGCCAGCUCGCCGUCGCCGACCUCCCGCCGCGGAUCCCCGUCGCCACCCCAGCACGCCUCGCGUCUUCCAGCCAGCAUGCGCCGCCAUGAGCAGCAGCCCCCAACCUCCGGGCCCCGCCGCCGGGGAUCUCGCAGAUCAGCCGUGCUAGCAUCCCCACGAAGAAGCCCAUCGCACCGGCCCAGUUGUCCGUCAUGGAUGCAACCAACUUUCCCCAGGAGUAGCCAAGGUUUCGGGAGGAUGAUGGACGCCGUGAGAUCCUCUGUUUCAGGAGGAUGAUGGACGCCGCGAGAUCCUCUGUUUCAGGAGGAUGAUGGAUGCCGGCGAGAUCGUCCAUUUCGCCUCCCCGUCCUACGACCAGAUGAAUUGCGGCGUCCAGAUGUCAGCCAAGAAGGCGGCGUCAUUGUUACAAGACAAAAUGGUUGGUGAAGGAGAUAUGCCUGGUAGUGAAACAGAGGGUUCUCCAAAUAGGACCUCUCGGCGGGACUCAAAACGGGCUGCUAAGCGGAAUGAGCUGGCAUCUUCAGGCUUUUCUAGUUGCACAAGAUUAAAUGAUUUUGGUAGGGUUCACGAUGACGGUGAGGAGCUGAGGACAGAAGGGGCAUUGGACAUGGGGGGUGGAGAAACCGCGUUGCGGCGUGCGCCGCGCAACGAGCGCGGUGGGCACGGCGGUGUGUGUGUGCUGCUGGCCGCUGCCGGUGCCACACCCGUCCUGCCGGCUAAUCGUCUCAUCACGCCACGUCGCCUCUUUUCCUUCUAUAUAAUCUCUCUUCUCUUGGAGUCGCUGCUGCUUCUCGAGAAAGCCAUCUCUUUUUUUUCCGGUUUCUUUCUCCUUCCAUGAGGACACUGACCGUGGCCCUGUGGCAGUCAUUCUUCUUGCUUCCCAAGCUAGCCAGGUGGCCCUGUGGCAGUCAUUCUUCUUGCUGCCCAAGCUAGCCAGGGCUGCCUUGUGAAUCCAGGCGUGUGCGUCAAGCCGAGGUAAGGAGCUGCAAAUAUUUAUGUAUGUAAUAAUUUCACCAGAUCCUAACUGCUCGAUCCGUAGUUUAAUCAGCCAGCAGUUUCCUGCAACGAUGACGAGUAAACUAAUCACGGUGCUCGGCAUCAGCUUGUUUUGUGCAUAGGGUAGGCCGUACGGAAUAACCAACAGAAUGUACUUACUCCAGUAAGCAUGGUUAGCAAGUGGAGCAUUGUUAUGCGGCGCUGUGUGAACAGCAUUCAGUUGAUAACGUUGGAUACUGACUCGGCACGACGGCGACACUGUCCUGUCCUGCCUGGCACACAUGGACGCUCCUGUCGUCUUGCUCUCAUCGUUGCUUCAACACAAAGAAAAGGAAGAAAGAAAAGAGUCGUCGCCUCGUAGACGGGGAGUCAAAACGCGUUGUCAGACGUUGCUACGCCUUUGGCCUAUCUGGCCGUAUAUGUACGUAUGUAUGUAUGGAAUGGAGGUGGAUCGGCUUUCAGCAGAGGUGAGCUGGCCCAAAGGAUUCCAUAUUCCAUUCCCUUUAUCCGCAACCAGUCAUCAGUCAAUCACAUCAGUUGACUUGGUCAGUGGCCGGCCAAGAAUCAAUUAUUGCAGCAUCGCUGGGAGUUGCUACUACCCCUACUUGCAUCGCGAAUUUUGUUACGAAACUGCUCCACACACGGUAAUUAUGGACCCAUCCUUGCACGAUAAAUCAAUCCAGCGGCUGUCAACUCUUUAGUCCUAUAUAUGCAUGUAUGGUUCCAUCUUAAACAUAGCAGCGUUGUCAUCAGAAAGCACUCGCGUCAGUGGACUGGCUGACAUCUUCAUCUCAAAUAAACAUCUACGAGGUAAUAGCACCGCGGGUCUUUAAAAUUGUCCUCCAUUAUUUCGUCCUAGAACUUGUCAUGGAGGUGCAAGUUUGGUUCAUUCACAGCUCGCCAAGUGGAGCCAGGUCGGUUGGGCCGGUCAUCGCCGCGCAUUUUGCAAUUUGCCCACUGCCUAUAGCCCUUAUCAACUCGCACUACACCUUGUUGGCGUCGAAGGAAAUAUCAACUGAAUUGAUUUUGUCCCCCCUCCCUCCCCAAUCAUUCGUGUUGUUCCCGUCCACUUGUCCUCCUAUCUUCUCUGAUUUUGGUGUAAGUGCAUCUAGUGCCCCUUAGUGAUUUUGGUGUAUUGAAGACUUAUAGGUUAAGAGACUAAUAUGUUUGUGAGUUUACACGGGUUCUAUAAGUCUAUUAGGAGUUUGAUAUUUACGAUUAAAGUUGACCCCUAAAAAAUGAAUGUUUUGAGUUGAAGAUGAAAGUGUGUUAUAUCGACUAGAGGGGAGAGGGGGUGAAUAGACGAUUUUUACAAAUUCGUCACUGAGGAAAUUCAAGGUGAGGAAUUUCCUAAGUCACGAACAACUAGUAGCGGAA